AUGGGUUGUUUUUCUUCGCGAGAAUUCAUAGAUUUUAGCAUCAUUCAACCAACUGUGUUGCGGUCACAGAAUGCCUACAUUGAAUUCAGUGGAAGUACCGAGCGGGGUCGUUUCCAAGUUCUAGGUCAUGCAGAAAUGGCUUUAACUGAAGAUUGUCUGUAUUCUCAAGUAAGAAAAAGCGGAUGCACCUGUUGUUGUGAUCAAGGUGUACUGCGUGUACCAGUUUUAGCAAUUAUCGAUAUACAACAGAAAUCAUAUUUUAACAAACGCUAUCGUGCAGAGUAUCCUCAUAUGGUUAUAACCUAUGUCGUGCGAGAUGAACAUGGGCGAAAAGAACAUCAGGCUGCAUGGCAAAUGAGUAAUGUGACCUACAAAAAAUGGAGAAAUGCAAUCAAACAAGUGCAAGGACGUUACCCACCAUCAGAAUUCGGCUAA